CGUGACCAGGAACAUUCAAAUUGAUGAUGGAAAAGGGUUUCUUCUAUAGACCAAUUUGACGUAGAGGUACCUCAAUACGUACCUGGAUUCUGAGGAGCGUUAUGUAACGGUCAUGGAUCAUCGCUACUACACAAUACCACACUACCACUGUAGUUUCUUGUAGUCCAUGGAGGUGGGCUGAUAACCGGUCGGCUAUGGUGAUAGAGCGCCUUGAAAGCGCCUCUGGUUACAAGGCAAGUAACCGAAUUCGAUAAAGUCCUAGAAACCGUAAAAAAAAAUCGAGAUACUCUUGUGAAACGAGGAUUGUAUAUGGGGUAAAUUGGACGACCAGGUUUAGGGUACUAAGCUUGCGAAAUUUGGUGCGAGUGGCAUGGGCUAAAUUAAAUGUGGAGUGUGACCGUGACUUGGUCACCCUUUAAGUCUGCGGUGGUCAAUCAUGUCGAAGAAAAUGGCGCUGGAAGCCCUGCUGCUCGAGUCGUUUCCGGUGCCGCCUUCAUUCAUCCCACCGACGCCGUCGACGUCGACGAGCUUUAAUAACCCACCGCCAUCCCGUCCGCCGGCGACGCCGCUACCGCCUGUGCCAGGUCCCUCUCGCUUCUCUUUUCAAGAGACCCAACGCAUUCUUGGUGCCCGUGAUGACUCCCUUGCCAGCAUUUCCAUGCAAGACCUUCCUUCAGAUGAUGACGACGACCUCAACGCGAUAACUACCUCUCGUAUUCUCCCUAGCCCCCGGUUGUCAAAGAGAACGUCGGCCCACUCUUUCAAGAACACUACGCCAACCCGUAGCACCAAGCCUCUAUCACAGUCUAUCGCUGCUAUUUCAACCAGCGAUCCCGCUAGAGCUACCUCACCAGACAUUACGACCAUCAUUUCUCGUACGCCAAAACCAAGGCGGAGCGCAUCCACCACUUUCUCUCUUCGUUCCAAUUCCACCUCCAGAGCUCCGUCAUCGACCUCUACAAGUAGAAGGACCUCUUCGCCAAUAGGGCUGCCAUACGACCGAUCCAGUAGAGCGACGACCUGGGAGGAGACAGACUUCAUUGACGAUUAUGGAGAGUUGGAACGACAGCUUGACGGCGAAGGUACUGAUUCCGAUUCCAGCUUGGACUUGCAUACCCCACUACCCCAUCUCAUGGUCAAGCACGGCCUGCUCUCACCCAACUCGACACUCUUGCCUCGUGCCCAGUCCAUGAAUUCGGUUGAUUCACUAUUGAUGAGUGAAGAUGGCGUCAUGAUGGAUCCGCGAGCGAGCAUGGUUAGCGUUGAUACGACCAAGUCUUCGAUUUUGAAAGAUAAUCGGGAUACUCCCCAACGCAGAGUUCGACACAGAGACGGUAGGCUGUUGAGGGGUGGUAUCGGUUUGACUACAGGCCUAGGCUGGAGCGAUAGACGAAGACGCGCCCUCGGAACUGACAAGGAGAAUAUCGUCGUUGAACUUGUCAUCCCGUCGUCCAUCUUCGACACUCUCUGAGAAGAACCUGCGUACAGUCAGAUCUUCGACUACCAGCCUAAGUUGGCAGUCUACGAUGUCAUCGGGAACGGUGGCCAGAUCUUCGUCGACAAGUUCCUACUACCCCCCGCCCUCCUCUUUCGGCGUGUCGCUUCCAAGGUCUCGCGGCUCGUCCACGUCAACCUCCUCAUGCAACCCACCGCCGGUUUCAUUACGAGGUUUCGAUAAGGCAUUUCGAGGGGGGCUCAUGAAGGAAGAUGAACUUUACUCGCCUACGAAAAGCACAACUAGUUCGAGCCCGCCGUCAAUAAAAUCGACUUUCAUUGACCGCGAUAAAUCGCUGCCGUCUCUUCCUAACCCCAGAACUGGCU